CGGUUUUUUGACUUCUUCCAGUUCACCUGUGUACUCGUCUUGCUGUCCAGUUUAUCUCGUCCUUUCAAAUAUUUUGAUUUUAUUCCAAUAAUCAUUUAUUUGACUUACAUUUCUUUGUCAUUUCUAUUGGAUUGAAUUUUUCCUUCAAAACCAUGAAGUCGACAAUAGCAGUGAUGAUAUCGAUCAUCAUAAUCAUCGCUUUUUCCGGAAAUACAGCCAACUCGCAACCCAAUAAGGAGUUGCUAGGCGGUGGGUCCCAGUUUGUGAACAUCAACAAAACAGAGAUCGAGGCAGCAACUACUGAGUCAAUUAUUGAAGAUAGUGGCAGAAAGUUGACGAAAAGAUCUCCAGGAGGAGAUGGAGGCGUGGGUCCGAUCGGCUGGUGGUUGUUUGGUCACAAUCGCCUCGACGAUUCUGAAAUCGCCGUGGUUACAGAAUCUUCUCAAGGCAAGCCGAAAAGGUUGACGAAAAGAUCUCCAGGAGGAGAUGGAGGCGUGGGUCCGAUCGGCUGGUGGUUGUUUGGUCACAAUCGCCUCGACGAUUCUGAAAUCGCCGUGGUUACAGAAUCUUCUCAAGGCAAGACGAAAAGGGAUAAACGGAAUGCUCCAUUCAGUAUUAUUGAUGGAGAUAGGAAGAGUGGUUCAGACCAGUUAAACACCAGUACGGUUGCAACAACGAAAAAAGAUAUUGGCUACGACAAAUGGCUCUUUUAAUGGAUUGCAACACCGAAUCUAAAAACAGAAUCAUGCAACUAGAACAGAUGUGAUGUUCGUUGCUGGUGAAUAUCUCGCUGAACAUUCUGA